GGGCAUUCAUAGCAUUUCUCAGAAAAUUUAAUGGGUAUUACAGUCUUAACAUAAAUCAAGGAAAAAUAAUUAUUACUAGCAACAAUAAAAAGGAGAGAAAGGAUAAAGGAAAAGGCGGGUUCUUGAUGGUGUUUGUUCAUUGAGAGCGUGUAGGAGAGGAGAAUAAUAAAAGUUGAAAGGAGUUCAGAAAUUGUUCUUUCUUUUUUCCUCCUCUGCUGCUGUUGUUGCUGCUGUUGGUGUUGCUGCUGAUAUGGGAGUGUGAUUCUGAGUUCUUAAGAGAGUACACCUGCAAAAGGAGGGUUCUUGCUUUUGGGAGUUAAAUGGGAGGAAUGUGGAUGUUGGAGUUCGGGACUUGAAAGCAUUAAGCACCAGAUCUUAAGAUAUCUUUGCAACCAAGCAAAAAAGAAUAUAUAUAUAUAUAUAGAGAGAGAGAGAGAGAGGAGUAAUUAAUUUAAUGUCAGUUUAGUGUUUGUGGGUAUCUCUGCUCGCGCUUGAAUUAUUUGCUACUAAAGAUAGAGCCUGUUCCUCUGUCUCCUUUGCAUUUAGAGAAGUUGGAGGCUUUGUCAUGUGCUCACGUUUAGGCCCUUUUGUUGCUUGUAUCAUCUUUUUGUAUUAGCCAGCUUGCUCUGUUGAAGUACUUGGACUUCUCCUUUGAUACUGGAAAUCCUUCCACUAAUAUUUUAGAAUAACCACUUGGUUGAGUUGUUGGUUAGGUGGUUAUAAGUAAAGGUUAGCCUUGAGCUCAUACUAAUUAGACUCUUGAGUGAUUCAGUUUCUGCCACAAUGAAGUUUAUGAAGCUUGGGUCAAAGCCUGAUUCUUUUCAGGAUGACGGCAACGGCAUAAGAUUUGUGACAACUGAGUUGGCAACUGACGUCAUUGUGAAUGUUGGAGAUGUGAAGUUUUAUCUACAUAAGUUUCCCCUUCUGUCCAAGAGUGCUCGCUUGCAACAGUUAGCAACCAGUAACAGUAGUGAAAAUGACGAGAUACAGAUUGAUGAUAUACCUGGUGGUGCUGCUGCCUUUGAAAUUUGUGCAAAAUUUUGUUACGGCAUGACUGUCACCCUCAAUGCCUACAAUGUGAUUGCAGCUCGCUGUGCUGCGGAGUACCUCGAGAUGCAUGAAACCGUUGAGAAAGGGAAUCUCAUAUAUAAGGUCGAAAUUUUUCUUAGCACCAGCAUCUUUCGUAGCUGGAAAGACUCUAUUAUCGUCCUCCAAACUACAAAAUUUUUACUACCUUGGUCUGAGGACCUGAAAUUGGCCAGCCACUGCAUCGAAUCCAUAGCCUGUAGGGCUUCUAUUGAUGCUUCAAAGGUCGAUUGGUCUUACACUUACAAUCGAAAGAAGCUCCCAUCUGAAAAUGGGCUUGACGCAAGUUGGAAUGGAGUCAGAAAGCAGCAGUCAGUGCCUAAAGAUUGGUGGGUCGAAGAUUUGUGUGAGCUUGAACUAGACUUGUAUAAACGAGUUAUAGUGGCUAUACGGGCUAAGGGAAGAGUGACUAAUAAAGUGAUGGGAGAGGCUCUUAAGGCUUACACAUACAGAAAGCUCCCGGGCUUUUCCAAGGGUAGUGCAAUUGAAAGAGGUGAUAAUGCGAAAAGCCAAUCCUUGUUAGAGACUGUGAUCAGGUUGCUGCCAGAAGGAAAAGGGUCGGUUUCAUGCAGUUUUUUGUUGAGGCUGUUAAAAGCUGCGAGCUUUUUUAAUUGCAGUGAAUUUUGUAAGAGAGAGCUGAUCAAGAGAAUAGGGUUGCAAUUGGAAGAAGCAUCAGUAUCUGAUCUCUUGUUGCCGGCUGCUCCGGGUGAAAUAACUGUGUAUGACAUUGAUACAAUUUUGAGCAUACUGGAGGAGUUUGUGAUGCAGGAGAAAUAUCUUGCAGAAAAAAGCUCAAAGGUUGCAGAAGUUGAGGAGGUCAUAAAUCCGGUUUUGGUUUCAAACUGUUCGAAGGUGAAUGUGGCUAAACUUGUUGAUGGAUAUCUUACUGAGAUUUCAAAAGACCAAAAUUUGCCACUUUCUAAGUUUCUUGAUCUUACUGAAAUGGUGCCUGGAGACUUGAGGCCUGUGCAUGAUGGGCUUUACCGUGCUAUCGACAUGUAUCUGAAGGAGCACCCAAGCCUGAGCAAGAGCGAGAAAAAGAAGAUCUGCAGUCUCAUGGACUGCAGGAAGCUCUCUGCAGACGCCUGCGCCCAUGUAGUGCAGAACGAGCGGCUUCCUCUGCGCAUGGUCGUUCAGGUCCUCUUCUAUGAGCAGGCACGUGCAUCUCUCAAUGUGCAUGAAACUGGCAGCGGUGGGUCUUAUGGGAGCUCAAGAUGA